AUGUUCAAAAUCGCCUUGAUUACUGCCUUGACCUUUGCGCUCUCCCUCGCCGAUGACCGCAAGAAACGCCAGGUUCCAGGGAUGCUCGGAUCAGGCCCAGCCAGCAUGGGAACAGGCCUAAUGAGCCAAGGUGGACUGAACGGGAUCUCAGGAAUCUCGGGAAUCAAUGGAGUCUCCGGAUUGACCGGGUUGAAUGGAAUGUCCGGAUUCUCGGGGCUCACCAACGGACCUUUCCCAUCAAAUGGAAUCAACGUUUGCCUUAGUGUGCUUGAUUGUGCUGGAGCUCAGAGAUGCUGCGGAAAUGUGAGCGGUGGUGGCCUCCUCAGCAGCAUUUUGGGUGGAACUAGCGGCACUCUAGGAAAGCUCCCAGUUCUUGGAGGGCUCGUUGGCCGCUGCUCUCCAAUCUGUCUUCUCGGAGAGAUCAACUUG